CAUGUGAGAGAAGAAUUACUUAAUGAACUUAACUGAGGUUAAUUUUUUCCUUCAAGAUGAAAAAAACAGGUGAUUAUUAGGAACAGGAAAGGAACGAGUGACUAGGGAGAAAGAAGACAUAGAAUUCUACAGUGUGACUUCAUUUGUCAGAAGAGGAUUUAGGAUUUACUCAAGGCAAACACUUGGACCACUUUCAGAGCUUUAGGACAUCCUGGCGUUGUGUGGUGAAAGGGCUUUCUCUCUGCCUCUAUGGCACUGAGGGGAGCAAGAGCCUGUGGAGGGGCAGUCAGAUGGGGCCUGGUUCUCCCUGGGGACAAAGCGAUCUGCUGGGAAACCAGGUCAGGCUCUGACGGGGGAAUUUUCUGAUUUUGAAGGGUAGGGACCAUCUUUUUUUAAUUAUUAUUUUUCUUCUAAAAUUUGACUGCUGUUUGCACAAACUCUGGUCUCUUUUGCACAGUUUGUGUGCCUUUUUUCCCUUUAUGCAAUCUUUCUCAGCUUUAGUGUAGAGAUUUGUCUAGUUGAGAAAACAUGCCAGAGGGUAGCUUCAAAGGGAAGAUGUUCCUAUGUAUUCUGUCUCUGCAUCUGAACUUUUGAAGAGAAAUGUCCAGCUUGAGGGAGUCUUAAAGCCUUAAGUUACUUGAAAUCUAUGUAUUUGCAACUAUUUGUCUCUGGAAUCAUAUCAACUAAACUGGAAUCUCAGGCUGAAUGAGAAUAACCAAGUUGAAUAAAAAGAAGAAAACUCCUGUGUUGUGAUGGCCACUUAUUAACAAGUCUCUUUCUCAAAGGGUCAGCCCGUUCUUCCUCUAAGGACUUGAAAAUAAAAAUGGACCCCACGUGUUUUUUUAAAGCAGUACCUUUUCUUAGCAGCCUGCCAUCGUCUUUUAUAGAGGAAUUUUUUCACUAUGCAUUUGGUGGAUCUUUAUAAAAUACUGACCUUCUAAUUAAAGUUAGGUCAGUCUUAAGUAGAGGGAAUUGGGGAAGAACGCAAGCCAACGGCAAAAAUAAGAUCAAUCAGUGAGAGAAAUUGGUUUAAACUUUCCAACAUUCAACAUUACCAUUUAAGUCAAACAGUUCAUUGGAGAAAAGUAUGUUUGCAGCGGUGGAGCAUGGGCCGGUUCUUUGCAGUGACUCCAACAUCCUCUGCCUGUCCUGGAAGGGACGCGUUCCCAAGAGUGAGAAGGAGAAGCCGGUGUGCCGCAGGCGCUACUAUGAGGAGGGCUGGCUGGCCACAGGCAAUGGUCGAGGGGUCGUGGGAGUGACUUUCACCUCCAGCCACUGCCGUCGGGACAGGAACACGCCCCAGAGAAUAAACUUCAACCUGCGGGGCCAUAACAGUGAGGUAGUGCUGGUGAGGUGGAACGAGCCGUACCAGAAACUGGCCACGUGUGAUGCAGAUGGAGGCAUAUUUGUGUGGAUUCAGUACGAAGGAAGGUGGUCUGUAGAGCUGGUCAACGACCGAGGGGCCCAGGUGAGUGAUUUCACUUGGAGCCACGAUGGGACUCAAGCACUUAUUUCCUAUCGAGAUGGGUUUGUCCUGGUUGGUUCUGUUAGUGGACAAAGACACUGGUCAUCCGAGAUCAACUUGGAAAGUCAAAUCACAUGUGGCAUCUGGACGCCUGAUGACCAGCAGGUGCUGUUCGGCACGGCGGACGGCCAGGUGAUCGUCAUGGACUGCCACGGCAGGAUGCUGGCCCAUGUGCUGCUGCACGAGUCCGACGGCAUCCUCAGCAUGUCCUGGAACUACCCCGCCUUCCUGGUGGAGGACAGCAGCGAGAGCGACACCGACUCUGACGACUACUCGCCCCCGCAAGAUGGUCCGGCAGCGUAUCCCAUCCCGGUGCAGAACAUCAAGCCGCUGCUCACUGUCAGCUUCACCUCAGGAGACAUCAGUUUAAUGAGUAACUACGACGACUUGUCUCCUACCGUCAUCCGCUCAGGGCUGAAAGAGGUAGUGGCCCAGUGGUGCACACAAGGGGACCUCCUGGCAGUUGCUGGCAUGGAGAAGCAAACCCAGCUGGGCGACCUUCCCAACGGCCCUCUCCUGAAGAGCGCCAUGGUCAAGUUCUACAAUGUCCGCGGGGAGCACAUCUUCACUCUGGACACGCUCGUUCAACGCCCCAUCAUCUCCAUCUGCUGGGGCCACCGGGACUCGCGGCUGCUCAUGGCCUCGGGCCCAGCCCUCUACGUGGUCCGGGUGGAGCACCGGGUGUCCAGCCUGCAGCUGCUGUGCCAGCAGGCCAUCGCCAGCGCCCUGCGCGAGGACAAGGACGUCAGCAAGCUGGCACUGCCGCCCCGCCUCUGCUCCUACCUCUCCACAGCCUUCAUCCCCACCAUCAAGCCUCCCAUCCCAGACCCCAACAACAUGCGCGACUUCGUCAGCUACCCCUCGGCCGGCAACGAGCGUCUGCACUGCACCAUGAAGCGCACCGAGGAUGACCCCGAGGUGGGCGGCCCGUGCUACACGCUCUACCUGGAGUACCUCGGCGGGCUGGUGCCCAUCCUCAAGGGGCGGCGCAUUAGCAAGCUGCGGCCGGAGUUCGUCAUCAUGGACCCCCGGACGGAUAGCAAGUCAGCAGAUGAAAUCUACGGUAACAGCUUAAUCUCCACUGUCGUGGACAGCUGCAACUGCUCCGACUCCAGUGACAUUGAGCUGAGUGAUGACUGGGCCGCCAAGAAGUCUCCCAAAGUCUCCCGCGCUAGCAAGUCUCCCAAACUCCCAAGGAUCAACAUCGAGGCUCGGAAGUCUCCCAAGCUGUCGCGGGCGGCCCAGGAGCUGUCCCGGUCCCCUCGGCUGCCCAUGCGCAAGCCCUCCAUUGGCUCGCCCAGCCUGACGCGCAGAGAGUUUCCCUUUGAAGACAUCACUCAGCACAACUAUCUUGCUCAGGUCACGUCUAAUAUCUGGGGAACCAAAUUUAAGAUUGUGGGCUUGGCUGCUUUCCUGCCAACCAACCUCGGUGCAGUAAUCUACAAAACCAGCCUCCUGCAUCUCCAGCCGCGCCAGAUGACCAUCUAUCUCCCAGAGGUGCGGAAGAUUUCCAUGGACUAUGUAAAUUUACCUGUCUUCAACCCGAAUGUGUUCAGCGAAGAUGAAGAUGAUCUACCAGUGACGGGAGCACCUGGCGUGCCCGAGAACAACCCGCCCUGUACGGUGAACAUCCCUAUCGCCCCCAUCCACAGCUCGGCGCAGGCCAUGUCCCCCACGCAGAGCAUCGGGCUGGUGCAGUCCCUGCUGGCCAAUCAGAACGUGCAGCUCGACGUCCUGACCAAUCAGACCACGGCGGUGGGCGGCGCCGAGCACGCCGGCGACAGCGGCCCGCAGUACCCGGUGGCCAACCGUUACUCCAGCCCGGGCCAGGUGAUCUUCGGAGGCAUGGAGAUGGGCCGCCUCAUCCCGACGCCCCCGCAGCUGGCGCUGCCGCCGCCCGCGCCCGGGGCCCUGCAGCUCCCCGGGGCGGACCCGGGCGAGCGCGACCACCACGAGCACCUGCAGAAGCCGCCCAAGGCCCUGCGGCCCGCGCCGCCGCUGGCCGCCGAGGGCGACGCGCUGGUCUUCGGCGCCGCCCAGGACGUGCCGGUGGCCAAGAUGAACCCCCCGCCCCCCUACCCGGGGACCAUCCCCGCCGCGCCCACCACGGCCGCGCCGCCGCCCCCGCUGCCGCCGCCGCAGCCCCCCGUGGACGUGUGCCUGAAGAAGGGCGACUUCUCGCUGUACCCGGUGGCCGCGCACUACCAGCCGCCGCUGGGCUACGAGCGCAUCACCACCUUCGACAGCAGCGGCAACGUGGAGGAGGUGUGCCGGCCGCGGACGCGGGUGCUGUGCGCGCAGAACGCCUACGGCCUGCAGGGCCCCGGCAGCUCGGCCACGCUGCGGCUCACGGGCACCGAGAAGAAGGCGGCGCCGCCGUGCGCCAGCGCCACCCUCAACCGCCUGACGGUGCCGCGCUACUCCAUCCCGCCCGGGGACCCGCCGCCCUACCCCGACAUCGCGGGCCCGCUGGCCGGCCGCGUGCCCCGGCCCGCGCCCGACAGCAGCCUCAUCCACGCCACGCUGCGCCGCAACAACCGCGACGUGGCGCUCAAGGCGGCGCAGCUGGCCGAGCCCCCGCGGCCGCCGCUGCCCCUGGCCGCCAAGCCCAAGGGCGCGGGCCCCUUCCCGGCGCGGCCGCCGCCCGCCCUGUACACCUGCAGCCAGUGCAGCGGGGGCGCCGCCGCGCGCCCCGAGCCGGCCGCGGGGACCUGCGCGCCCCCGGGCGCCGCGCUGGCCCACGCCGCCAGCACCUCGCCCUUGACCUCGCAGUCGUCCUACAGCCUCCUGGGCCCGCCCGACGGUGCCCGCGAGCGCGCGGACUACGUCAACUCGGCCUUCACCGAGGACGAGGCGCUGGGCCAGCACUGUCCGGCGGCGGAGAAGCCCCUGCGGCACCCCGCGGGGCCCGACGCCGCCGCCGCCGCCGCCGCCGUGGCGGUGAAAAGGCCGCCCCCGUACCAGUGGGACCCUGUGCUGGGGGAGGACGUCUGGGUGCCCCAGGAGAGGACAGCACAGCCCGCGGUGGCCAACCCCCUGAAGCUGCCCCCGCUGGUGGUGGGGCAGAGCCAGCACCUGGACGUGGCCCGCGUGCCCUUCGUCUCCCCCAAGUCUCCUGCCAGCCCGACUGCCACUUUCCAGACAGGCUACGGGAUGGGCCUGCCGUACCCCGGAAACUACGCGAACCCCCCUCUGCCGGGAGUGCAGGCCCCCUGCUCCCCGAAGGACCCGCUGACCCCGGCUCAGUUUGCACAGCAGGAGUCGGCCGUGGUCCUCCAGCCGGCCUACCCGCCCGCGCUCUCCUACUGCACCCUGCCCCCCAUGUACCCGGGAAGCAGCACGUGCUCUAGUUUACAGCUGCCGCCUGUCGCCUUGCACCCCUGGAAUUCCUACAACGCCUGCCCCCCUGUGCAGAACCCCCAGGGCACCCUCCCCCACAAGGCGCACUUGGUGGUGGAGAAGCCCCUGGUGUCCCCACCGCCCACCGACCUCCAGAGCCACCUGGGCACGGAAGUGAUGGUGGAGACUGCGGACAACUUCCAGGAGGUGCUGUCCCUGACGGAAAGCCCAGUGCCCCAGCGGACGGAGAAAUUCGGCAAGAAAAACCGGAAGCGCCUGGACAGCCGCGCCGAGGAAGGAAGCGUCCAGGCGGUCACGGAGGGCAAAGUGAAGAAGGAGGCUCGGACUCUGAGCGACUUCAAUUCCCUGAUCUCCAGCCCCCGCCUGGGGAGAGAGAAGAAGAAAGUGAAGAGUCAGAAGGACCAGCUCAAGUCCAAGAAGUUGAACAAGACCAGCGAGUUCCAGGACAGCUCGGAGAGCGAGCCCGAGCUCUUCAUCAGCGGCGACGAGCUCAUGAACCAGAGCCAGGGCAGCAAGAAGGGCUGGAAGAGCAAGCGGAGCCUGCGCGCCGCCAGUGAGCUGGAGGAGUUCAAGUGCCGGAAGGCCAGCGAGAAGGAGGACGGGCGGCUGGGCAGCCAGGGCUUCGUGUACGUCAUGGCCAACAAGCAGCCCCUGUGGAACGAGGCCACGCAGGUGUACCAGCUGGACUUUGGGGGGCGGGUGACCCAGGAGUCGGCCAAGAACUUCCAGAUCGAGCUGGAGGGACGGCAGGUGAUGCAGUUUGGAAGGAUCGAUGGCAACGCCUACAUCCUCGACUUCCAGUACCCCUUCUCAGCUGUGCAGGCCUUUGCGGUUGCGCUGGCCAACGUGACUCAGCGCCUCAAGUGAGGAGGUUGGAUGCAGAAGCAGAG